UAUCAACUAUCCGAAACAUGAAGAAAGCUAAGUAAGAAGGGACCUUUAUGGACAUGAUAAACAGAUCACAGAAAUCAUUCCAUUUGUACAUUGACCUGAAGCAAUGAUCUCCACAAAGAAUCACGCAUCAACCUUCCUGUUUCUCUCCUUCCUCCUCUUGGCAGUGCUUGUUGGAGUCUCUGCCGGAAGAAGAGGAAGAAUCACUACCUACUGGGGUCAAAACGGCAAUGAAGGAACUCUAACACAAGCUUGUGCUACAAAGAACUAUUCUAUUAUCAACAUAGCUUUCCUCAACAAGUUCGGGAGCGGCAUAACCCCGGAGAUCAACCUUGCUGGCCACUGCAACCCAGCAACCAAUGGUUGCACCUUUGUAAGCGAUGCCAUAAGAAAGUGCCAGAAGCACGGCGUCAAGGUCUUGCUCUCUCUUGGUGGCGGCAUUGGCAACUACUCAUUAGCUUCAAAGGCUGAUGCCAAGAGGGUAGCAAAGUUUUUGUGGAACAACUUCUUGGGUGGAAGAUCUUCGACACGUCCUCUGGGCAAUGCUAUAUUGGAUGGGAUAGAUUUUGACAUUGAGCUUGGUUCACCAAAUCACUGGGCUGAUCUGGCUCGCUACCUUUCCUGGUAUAGCAUACUAGGAAGAAAAGUGUAUCUAUCGGCCGCUCCUCAGUGUCCCUUUCCUGAUAGACUUCUGGGUGAUGCUGUUAAGACAGGAAUUUUUGACUCUGUUUGGGUUCAAUUCUACAAUAAUCCACCAUGCCAGUUCAGUGGAAAUAGCUCGCAGAAUCUAAUAAGUGCGUGGAAUCAGUGGACUCAAUCAGUCAGGGGAAUGAAAACGAAAAUCUUUUUAGGAUUACCAGCGGCUCCAGCUGCUGCAGGAAGUGGAUUUGUUCCGCCAGAAGUGGUGACUUCUCAAAUUCUUCCGGUUAUAAAGAAAUCACCCAAAUAUGGUGGUGUUAUGCUUUGGUCAAGGUUCUUUGAUGGCCAAACUGGGUUUAGUUCUGCCAUUAAAAGCUUUGUAUGAAAGCUUUGAGUUGAUGUGGUUUAUUACUUGUUCUUGGUUUGAAUAAUAAUGAAGUUGUUUGACAUUUAAGAUAUCAUUAGACAUGAUUUGUUCUUAUUUUUGCUUAA